UUCCUCCGCUGCGGGGCUGGUAGCCUGAACUUGAACACUGGCUGGUGCACAGCGAGUCACGACGACAUCCCGCCCGUGCCAUAGAGCUAGAGUGUAAUUUGGUCAAGGCUAUUCUUAUCAACUUGAUACAUUAAGUUAGAUUCCGAUCAGGAGAGUGGAUACACCGACAGAACCUUGACUGGUGUAAUUAAACAGAAUGUCCAGACGCAAACAAGGCAGCCGACCGCAACACCUGAGUGCAAUUCAAGAUGCCCCUGAGCCCUCGGAUGCUGCCGCUCCUUCAUCAUUGGAGGAGUGGGGGUCCCUUCCCCAGGUCAGGGGUCGUGAGGAGGGUCGUGACCUGCUGACCUGUGGGCAGUGCAGCCAGGCCUUCCCUCUCGCCCACAUCCUGGCCUUCAUCCAGCACAAACAGGGAGCCUGCCGCUCCCGAAAUCAUGCCCCCAACACUCACACACCUCCUUCCCCAGCCAAACGGACACAGCGACGCGGUGCUGUCACUCAGGUAGAGGCUGGGUUCGUGGAGCUGAGGAGAGUGACGGACAGGUCCAGAGGGGCGGAGCAUAGUGUGAAGGUGGAGCCUAACAGAACAGCAGAAGAACCGUCCUGCUUCACCUGCCAGCUGUGUGAGUGUGUGUUACCCUCUGCCUGGGCCCUGCUCCAACACGCCCAGCACACGCACUCCUUCAGUAUCUACCAGGAGGACGGAGAGAAGGAUGAGGAGAACAUGGGAAGAGGGGGUCACCAGCACUCCAAACCUGCAGCCACCUUGGAUCCCUGUCAACUGAGCCACACCCUGGCAACCGCAUUCCACCCUUCCGUUCUGCGUCUGCCCCGCAUCUUCCGUCCACGGCAGAACCACAGGCCAGCUUCUCAGGCCAGCUCCACCCCUUCCUCCAGAGAACGACAGGCCCUCAACUUCUGUCUGAGAGAGCUGGCUGAGGGCAGUAACACCACCACUGGAGGUCUGGUCUCCUCUCCGUCGCCAUCCCCCCCGGCCGUCUCUUCCUCCCCCCAGUGUGGGCCCGUCCAGGCGGGGUUUCCCUGUGAGCUGUGUGGCCAGGGCUUCCAUUCCCUACGCAGCCUGUCAGCCCACCGCAGGACCCACGCAUGUGAGCGGCCCUACCACUGUGGCUUGUGUGACCAGGCCUUCGCCCAGAGUGGUCAGCUGGCUCGCCACAUGAGGAGUCACCGCAGAGAGACAGGCGUGGGUGGAGGAGGGGGCUACGAGGGGGUGGGGCUGGUAGGGGAGGAUGAGGGGGGUCGGCAGGGGAUGAGAGGGAGGUUUGUAAUGCAGGGGGCAGGAGAGGGGAUGUUGAGUAGAGGACCAGGGGAGAGGGAGACCUCUGAGUUGGACCUAUCCCUGUCCAAGCAUCACUCCCCAGGCUCUGGGCUGAUCCUGCUCUCCUCCCAGCCUGGAGGUCCAGACAUGAGCCUGCUCAGGCUGUUCCAACCCCAGGGAGAAGUGGUGGAGGAUGAGGUGGAGGGACAAGAGGAGCCCCAGCACGCGUCCCCCUGCGCCAGCCCCUCAGAGGGGUCACUGGAAAGCGGAGAGACGGGGGGCAGCGGGGAGAGUGGCAUUGCCAGCGGAAACUGCACCCCCAAACAGCCGGAGAGGGAGGACAGGGCUCAGGUAGGGGGGGAGUGGGAGAGCGAGAGGGACGGAGAGAUUGCGGAUGGAGAGAAGGAGUGGCUUGCAGGCGGAAACCGCAAGGUGGUCCAGGAGUGGCAGAGGGAGAGCGAACAGAGGGGAGGAGGAGGAAACAGCGUCAUCAGCAGUAACAGUGGUAACAACGACGUGGGGUCAGGGAAGAAGAAGAAGGAGGAGGCCUGUGAGUACUGUGGGAAACAUUUCCGGAACAGCAGCAACCUGACGGUGCACCGGCGCAGCCACACGGGAGAACGACCCUACCAGUGCGGCCUGUGCAGCUACGCAUGUGCCCAGAGCUCCAAGCUCACACGCCACAUGAAGACCCACGGCUCCCACGGGGCCCGUGCCCCGUUCCUGUGCCAGCUGUGUGGAGUGCCCUUCACUGUGUAUGCCACCCUGGAGAAACAUCUGAAGAAGGUGCACGGGCUGAGCCAUGCCAGCGUCGGGACCUACACACAGGCCAGCGCAGCUGAUGCCAACUGGGCCCUUGUCAAAAUGGAUGAUGGGGUGGUCAUCAAGAUGGAGGAGGAUGAAGCCAGUACGGACCAGACAGAAAACAACAUGGCUGCCAUGGAGGAGAUGGGAGUGGAGGCUGAGGAGAACCUGAAAGGGAAGGUGGAUGGUACUGUGAGCCCAGCCAUAGUGGAGGAUAGUGUGGGUGAGCUUCCUACUGAAGGCAGUGCGGACGUGGGCUUGGCGUAAACUACUGGUCCACCUUAUCCGUCAUAUCACACUUUUGUACACUGACUGAGACAUUCAAAAGCACUGGCUUGGACUUUCAAUCAUACCAACCACUUUGACCAACAUAAAUAUCCAUGGAAUUGUAAUGAACCUUUCCUAGCACUCAACUGGGGAUCAAUUCAAACUGGAAUCUAGGUACCAACCCUGUCUCCUCUUAAUUCCGUAUCUGUGCAAUGCUGAGGUACAUCACGUCUUGACAGAGCUGACAAUUAGCAUAUGCAAACCCGCCUACUUAGACAAUAGCACAAAACCCUGGCAUGCAAUGGAAAGGAGGAGGGCGAACAGGAAGUCAACCACCACAGUCCACCAAAACACAGGAAGUUGAUCACCAUGCUCCAGCAGAAUAUAGAAAGUGGACACCAGUGGUCAAUUGAUUGGUUCACUCAGUCAACAUACUAGUGAUGAUUACCAAUCAAAACUGAGAAAUGUAGAAAGCAAAAAAGGGUUUGUAAUUAUUUGUAUUUUUUAUUUAUUUAUAUCUAGUGGCAAGAGAUUACUAUGAUAGUGAGGCUUUCAUAUCCUGUUCCAUGGCUGUGGUGACAACUGGCAUGGUGGGUCGAAGGGGAAACAAACCCAAACAUAGGUUGCCUUUCUCAAAGUCUCCUUUUUAAAUGUGCUUUUGUCACAACACCUGCUACUUAAUGUAAAGUUUACGAGGCUCGCGAGGCCCAGCAAAGUUGUGUUGUUCCUCUUUGUGUAUGGAUGUUAUUUUUAUAAAUGUGUAUGUCAUCUGCUGAAGUUUUCCUUGCUUAGCUCCUAUGCAUAAGAAACUGCAAUUUAACUUCAUAUGAAACAGGUGUGGAUUUAUUUCCUUUUGUACUUGAUAAUUUGGGGAUCUUUUUCUUUCCUUUGUUUACAUUCAUAAAAAAACGCUGAACAGCUUGAAGCUUAUGUAUGCAUGUUUUGCUGCCAUUUGAAAUGGUUUGCUCUGUUCUUUUCUUCUCCUGUGUUUUGAAUUUGUCCUUAUUUAUGGGCAAUGCAUGUUAGUGGUUGGCAAAUGAAAAGUCUAUCUACUGCUAAACUACAGGGUGGAGCGCUACAGUAAAUGGCUUGUUGAUAGGUGGGAGAGUUUUGUGGGUAACAUUGAAUGAGUGUGUAUGUAUGUAUAUGUGUGUAUAUGUGUGUGUGUGUAUAUAUAUAUAUAUACACACAUACAGGGAAAGUCUUUAGUAACACUUGACUUGAACCUUCGGUCAAAUGCCUAGCUAACUACAUCUGAAACAUGACAUAACAAGUCAUAAGCAAGCUGUUUUAUUUGCUUGGAAACUGAGCCUAUGCCAACAACGAUGCAAGCAGCGAAAGGCAAGAUAAUUGUGGCUAACCUUUAGCUACAUUUACCAUAGUGGCUGAGAACAUGGUUUGAGUGAAGUGUCACUAACUAUUUUGUGACUACUGUGAUUUACAUUAUCAUUGAUGUCAGUAUACACUGAUGGCAGGGAACCCUUCUUUUUUUGACACUUUGAAAAAACAAUUCUAUGCUUUGUGUAUGAAAUUAGUGAUAGGGUAAAAUGUGAACGAUUGGUGGACGUGAGCGGAGUAUACUUGUUCAGGGACCAAUGUUAUGUACGUAGAAUGGCACUCCUACAUGUAGAUGUCGUUGCCAUUGUUCUCAUCAAUUGACUGUAUGCCUCAAACUCAUUUUCCCAGCAUUCCUGGUUUUCUGUCUGUGCUGACUGCAAUGAGGCUAACUACACCACUGUCUUUGUAAACUUGACACCAUUUUGUCAUUGACCCUAUUAUGAGGAGUCUCAUUAAAGAAUUGAGGCAAAGUGA